CCCUGUCUGCCUGUACAACUUUAAAACUUGUACUACAAGUUGAUAUCCCUGCAACUGGAUACUCUAGUACCGAUCGUCUCGUGCCUGCGGCCAGUAAAGUUUCGUUUCUGCUAGGUUCCGUUCCCGCUUCGUGGUCGGCUAAAACAGUAACCUGCGGCCUACCGCCCACCGGGUCAACUAUGUACGAUGCAAACACCUAGAAUUAGAUUCUAUCUACUGUCAUCCAAUAUCAUUAAUUCUAUCUAUCAUCCUGUCAGCCAGCCAGCCAGCCCAGCCCAGCCUACACACUUCCCUCUCCCCACAAAGGAACACUCCAUAACAUAAUACCUUGGUCCUAUUCCGCUACUCCCUUGUACAUACGUUGGUUCGUUUCGAAUGCUACUGGUCAAUCGCAAACAACGUACUGUUGAUCACAGCUACACAUGUAUUUCCUGUCCAGGCGAGCAGACACUUAGAAGCUCAAGCUUGAUAUGGCAUCUUUGAGUAGCCGACUUUCUUCUGGUGCCUCCUCAUCUACAGAAACUCAGAAUGAUAGAGAUGGGUUUAUCAGUUUCGGUAGCACAAAUAAUGCUUGCGUCUCUCAGUACGCCGUUAUGGACGAGAACAAACUUCGGGAUGCCGAACAAGGCGAGGGAUUGUUAGAGAAGGACACCACUAGCCAAGAUAUCGAAAGUUCAUCUAAAGGUAGCUUCGGAUGGGCUGUAUUUUGGAUAGUAGUUAAUACUCUAGCUACAAUAGGCAUUGUCUUCACAAAUAAAGCCAUCUUCUCUGAUCCCUCGUUACGGCUGGCGCAAUUGACAUUCGCUGCUUUCCACUUCUUCAUGACCUGGCUGCUUCUGUUCACAUUAUCGCGACCUCGGUUCGCGUACUUCGCGUCCCGCCGUAUCGCCUUGAGAGAGAUCAUCCCCCUCUCCAUCGCCAUGUCACUUAAUGUCAUCCUCCCGAAUUUAUCGUUAGCAUUCUCCACCGUAACCUUUUAUCAAGUUGCGCGCAUUUUACUUACCCCGACUGUUGCAACUAUGGACUUCGUCUUGUACAACUCCAUCUUGCCCCGAAAUGCAAUUCUUGCUCUUGUUCCCGCUUGCCUGGGGGUUGGCAUGGUCUCUUACUUCGACUCACUUCCAACGAAGGACGUUAAUAUUAAAACUACGUCAAGCCUAGGCGUGAUGUUCGCCUUUGGCGGCAUAUUCGCUUCGUCGCUAUACACAGUAUGGAUCAAAAACUAUCAACGAAAACUGCAGGUAUCAAGCAUGCAGUUACUUUUCAACCAGGCUCCUAUCUCAGCGAUCCUCUUGCUAUACGUCAUCCCUUUUGUGGACACAUUCCCACCGUGGACGGAAGUUCCCGUGGGUCGAUGGCUCUUGAUCUUAAUGUCUGGCGUCUUUGCCGCCUUGAUUAAUUUGUCGCAGUUUUUUAUUGUUGGCCAGACUGGUCCUGUGUCAAGCACAGUUGUCGGACACUUAAAGACAUGCCUAAUUGUAGCAUUGGGCUGGGUUACGUCUGGGAGAUCGGUUGGUGAUUGGUCGGUCAUAGGUGUUUUCAUCGCGAUAGGGGGAAUCAUCACGUAUUCGAUUGUGAUGCUCCAGCACGCGACUCGGUGUCGCAAGUCAAGUUAGCAAGCAUGAAAGGAAAAGUCAAGGACAUAGAGGAUUACUACAUAGACACACAGGAGUUCAGGAAUUCAAUGCUACCAUCCAUCAGACUGGAAAGGUUCCUAUUUUUCUUUUAUUAUUUGGCUUUCUGGGAAAAGAGGAGGCAGCUUGAUGGUAUAUGCACUGUACCUUGAGGGAACUUACAGGCGUUAGUCAGGAUUAUAAAGCGAGCCAUCGACACAGAGGUCGUCUUGUAGAACAAGUUUGGUAUGCAGCAUACAAAGCAUAGAAGAAUAUGAUACCCUUUUUAUCCAUAGGUUCCUGAUUGUAUUUUUGGAAGCAUAAAUAUGUAAUUUAUCAAGGCCCAUAGAUACAGUUCAAUACGCAGAGAUGGUGAUAGUGACG